AUGCCUACAACGGGUAGCGAUCAUGAAGAUGAUCCUAUUCCAGAAACUCAUUAUGCUGAUUUGGCAAAUGAAAUUGUCAGUAAAGCUAACAAUAUGCAGACAACAUUGAUUAAUGUUUCUCGAUCGUCCAGCAGUAGCAGUUUCAAUUUAAAAAAUGUUGAUUCUGAUAAUGAUUCGGCUAUUAGAUCAAAACCCUCGUGUUCAUCAGGUUCAUCCUCGUCUUCGUUGGGUUCUGCAGCUUCUGCUUCUGCUUAUAGUCUGAACAGUCAAAAACUAAAGCAGCCGAAAAUUGUUGAGUCGCUUUCUGAUAUUAGAUCAUAUGAACAAGGAGGUUCCAAAACCAUAGCCAUCACUGAUGCCUUGAUUUAUAUGUUGGCAAAAGACAACUUGCCAUUGUCAACUACCGAGAAACCAGGGUUUGUCCAUUUCAUGCGAAAAGCCGCACCAAUGUACAAAGUUCCGUCCAGAAAAAUUGUUACCAAAUUAGUUCAAAGUAAAUAUGAAGUGUUAUCGUCGUUAGUUAAAUCUAAAUUAUCCAACAUAGAAUAUAUUACAAUAACGGCUGAUAUUUGGACUGAUAUCAUAAAUACCACUAGCUUUUUGGGCAUGACUGCUCACUUCUUAAAUAAUUCCAAACUUGAUUUAGAAAGUAUUACAAUUGGAGUCUUAGAACUUGCAGAUAACCAUACUUCUGAUCACAUUAGUGAAUGGUUUGAAAAACAAUUGAAUGAAUGGGGGAUUCAAAAAGAUAAAGUUGUCAAUGUUGUUACUGAUAGUGGGUCAAAUAUAAAGUCUGCUGUCAAAAAAACAUUUAACACAUCUGGUGUUGAUAAACAUUUGCCAUGUUUUGCCCACACUUUGAACCUUGUUACUCAGAGAUCUUUAAAUGAUCUUGAAGAUGUGCAAAACAUAAUUUCUAAAAUAAAAGGUAUUGUGACAUUUUUCAAACAUUCGGUAAAUGCAAGCGAUGAACUUAGAAAAUUAUGUGAUUAUAAAUUGAAGCAAUCAGUACCAACUAGAUGGAAUUCGGUAUAUUAUAUGAUUGAUAGAUUUGUAUUAUGUUCUACCCAUAUUGCAUCUGUGUUAAUUAAUAGUCGUCAAGGCCCUUCAAUGUUAUCGGCAAUGGAGAUAGAUAUUGCCAAAGAAAUUAAUUGUAUGCUUAAGCCUUUUGAAGUGGCUACUAAAGAGCUGCGUGGUGAACAAUAUAUAACUGGGAGUAAAGUAAUCCCGCUCAUUCAUUACCUUAUAAAGAAAUGCGAGCAAGUAAAUUUAAUUAAUCCAAUUGCUUAA